CCCCGUAAGGCUCUGAGCCGUAGGUCCGGUUGGACUGGCCGCAGGAAAUCGUGAUGGGUGAGGCGGCCGUGGCCGCGGGGCCUUGCCCGCUGCGCGAGGACAGCUUCACGCGCUUCUCGUCCCAGAGCAAUGUGUACGGGCUGGCGAGCGGCGCCGGCGGGCGCGGAGAGCUGCUGGCAGCCACCCUUAAAGGCAAGGUGCUCGGCUUCCGCUACCAAGACCUCCGACAGAAAAUCCGGCCAGUGGCCAAAGAGCUGCAGUUCAAUUACAUCCCCGUCGACGCCGAGAUUGUGUCCAUCGACACCUUCAACAAGUCACCCCCAAAGCGGGGCCUGGUUGUGGGCAUCACAUUCAUCAAGGACUCAGGGGACAAGGGCAGCCCCUUCCUUAACAUUUACUGCGACUAUGAGCCUGGCUCAGAGUACAACCUCGAUUCCAUUGCAGAGAGCUGCCUGAACUUGGAGCUGCAAUUCACACCUUUCCAGCUGUACCAUGCAGAGGUCCAGGUUGAGGACCAGCUGGAGACCGUCUUUCUUCUGAGCGGAAAUGACCCAGCCAUUCAUCUCUACAAGGAGAACGAGGGGCUACAUCAGUUUGAGGAGCAGCCCGUGGAAAACCUCUUCCCAGAGCUCACGAAUCUGACCAGCAGUGUUCUCUGGCUCGAUGUCCACAACCUCCCUGGCACAUCCCGGCGCCUCUCUGCCCUUGGCUGUCAGAAUGGUUACGUCCGUGUGGCCCAUGUGGACCAGCAGAGCAGAGAGGUUUUACAUAUGUGGACGAUCCUGCAGGAUGGGCCUAUCUCCCGAGUGAUCGUGUUCAGCCUGGCGGCCCCCCAGGAAACGAAGGACAGCCCCCAGCAGGAGGAGUACAGCUUGCUUGUGGCCAGCAUGUUGGAGCCAGCAGUGGUGUACCGGGACCUGCUGAGCAGGGGCCUCAAGGACCAGCUUCUCUUGCCCGGCAGUGACCAGUUUGACAGCGUUCUCUGUGGCCUGGUUACCGAUGUGGACUUGGAUGGACAGCCAGAAGUCCUGGUGGCUACCUAUGGACAGGAGCUACUCUGUUAUAAGUACUAUGGACCAGAGCUGGGCCCCCCGGAGAUGGAGCGUGGGUUCCGCCUGCUGUGGCGGCGAAGCUUCUCCAGCCCCCUGUUGGCCAUGGCCCACGUGGACCUCACUGGAGACGGUCUGCGGGAGUUGGCCGUGGUGUCCCUGAAGGGGGUGCACAUCCUGCAGCACAGCCUUAUCCAGGCCUCGGAGCUGCUCCUGACCAGACUUCGGCGUCAAGUCGAGCAGAGGAGACAACAGCCACAGCGGAUUGAGGACAGGGCAGGUGCCAAGCCUGUGGAGCCCCCAGCCUUCUGAAUCACCCCAGCCCCUCUUCCCAGGCCUGGCCACGUCCGUCAUGGGGGCACACAGCCCCGAGUGGAGCCCUUGCUGUGCUCUGCCUGGACUUGCUGUACCACUUUUGAAGACAGGAUGACCUCAGCAGCCUCUCCAUUCCCAGCGGAUGUUGGUCAUGUGACUCAUUUAAGUGUGUGGAGCAACAAAGCUGUCCCUGUUGUAUUCAC